AUGCCUGCUGAAGUGAAAGAGGAGCAGAGUUCAGAGGGGCCUCCUCCACUAUCUUUGUCCCAGGAGGCUAAAGAGGCAACUCUUGAUAACCCAUCCACCAAUGACGAACUGGACACACCCACCUCCAUUGCCUCUGUGAUGACCUCAACCAAUGAGAGCUCUACAGAGACCGACACCCCGCAGCAGACAGACACUGAGGAGUCCAAGGCCGUGGAGCAAGAGGGUGAACAGACUUCCAGUGAGACCCAGAAAUCCUUGGAGAUACAGCAGGAGAACUUCCGGACAUCAGACACACCUGAUCUCACAACGAUUCCAGAGGUUCAAGAAAACACCCCAACCGAGCAACCUGUUCCUGAAGCAAACAUCGAACCGUCUGAGUCUGUUACACAAACCACAACGACCAACAGCACUACCACAGCACCCCCACAACCUGAGUUGGUACCACAGUCUGGGGACCCUCAGCCAGUGAACCCAGACAGGCAGAGCAGAGUGUACACCCUCCCUGACAGCUACAGAGGCAUUGGGGUUGACUUAUGUGCAGGGUAUGGAAGCCUGUCCCGCGCUACCCUCCACAGCUACUGGCCUGCCAAGAACUUCCAGCCUGGGCCGCACUACACCUUACCCUUCCUCAGGGACAGCUACGCUCCCUCAGGCCUCAGCAGUCAGACAGAGGAAGACGGCCUCAGUGAACGGGGAGAAAACCCUCUGGACAUGAAGACUGACCACCCAGCUGCCAGUUACCCAACACUGGGGGGAAUCCACCAGUUCAGGCCAAUUACCACCAUGGAGCUCCUCAGGGAGCCCUCCAGAACCAGAGGUGGCUAUGACGACGCUUUCAUGGCCCAGCUGGAGGGCAACCUGAAUCCUUUCUUCCAGGCCAUGUGCCGAGCACAGACCCUGCAGUUCCCCCACAAACGCAGCAGCAUGGUCAGCCUGGACAGCAUCCGCAGAGACCCGCGCUGGAGAGACCCCAACCUACAUGAGGUGAUCUCAAUGCUCAGCCACCCAAUGGACCCGGUCAAGUCCAAUGCUGCGGCCUAUUUGCAGCACCUGUGUUAUGAGAACGACCGCAUCAAGCAGGAGGUGCGGCAGCUGAACGGGGUGCCGAUCUUGGUGGAGUUAUUGGACCACCCCAAAGCUGAGGUCCACCGCAAGGCCUGUGGUGCUUUGCGCAACAUAUCCUACGGAAAAGACCACAGUAACAAAAUGGCCAUCAAGAACUGUGAUGGCAUCGAAGCUUUAGUCAGACUGCUAAGGAAGUCUAGCAGCAUGGAAGUCAAAGAGUUGGUCACAGGCACUCUGUGGAACCUCUCCUCACACGAGCCGCUGAAGAUGAUGGUCAUCAACAACGGGCUUCAAACGCUGACGGAUGAGAUCAUCAUCCCCCACUCAGGCUGGAGGAGAGACUCAGCUGCCCCCUCCAAACUGCUGAGUGCUGAAUGGACCACAGUCUUCAAGAACACCUCUGGAUGUCUGAGGAACGUCAGCUCAGAUGGGGCGGAGGCUCGACAGAGGUUGAGGGAGUGUGAGGGCCUGGUGGAUGCGCUCCUUCAUGCCCUUCAGUCAGCUGUUGUCAACAAGGACACUGACAAUAAGUCAGUGGAGAACUGCGUCUGCAUCCUGCGAAACCUGUCCUAUCAUGUUCACAAAGAAAUACCAGGAACGGAGCGAUUUCAGGAACCCCAUGCCAAUCAUCUGAUGAGGUCAGUAGGGCAACAAAAGAAGAAGAAUGAUCCUGAUCUUUUUGGAGGGAAAAGACCCAAAGAGGAGUGGUUCAGUCAAGGUUGGAAAAAUGGAUUUAUGGACAGAAAAUACGGUACAUUGGAUUUACCAAAACGUACAGAACAAAUGAAAGGGUUGGAGCUGCUGUACCAGCCAGAGGUGGUGAGGCUUUAUCUCUCUCUUCUCACCUGCAGUCACAACCACAACACCCUGGAGGCGGCUGCAGGAGCACUCCAAAACCUCGCUGCGGGACACUGGGCUUGGUCCAGCUACAUCCGUGCCACAGUUAGAAAAGAGAAAGGGCUGCCUAUUCUGGUGGAGCUGCUGCGCUCAGAUGUGGACAAAGUGGUGCGAGCUGUGGCUAUUGCUCUUCGCAACCUGGCAAUGGACAGAAGAAAUAAAGACCUAAUAGGGAACUAUGCUUUGAGGGACCUUGUCGGUAAUUUGCCAUGUGGGCAGCAGUACCCAGCAAAGAAUCUUGAGGGAGAUACGGUGGUGUCUAUUCUGAACACUAUCCAUGAGAUCAUCACAGAUAGCCCAGAGAAUGCCCGAGCGCUCAUACAGGGUCAUGCUGUGCAGAAACUGGUGGCCAUCAACAAGUCAAGCCAAUCAGCACGGGAGACCAAGGCAGCUUCCCAUGUGCUCCAGACAAUAUGGGCCUACAAGGACCUGAGAAACACUCUGAACAAGGCUGGUUGGAACAAGAGCCACUUUAAGCCAACAACUACCGGAGUGACUAAAAAAUCUAAGAGUGGAAAGCAAGGCAGCGAUGACAUCACCUUGCCUCUCAUGGACAAAAACCAAGAUGUUUAUUCCACUUUAGAGCCAAAUGAUAGAAUUGGAGAUGGAAAAGCGCCUGUUGUGGAAAGAGAUGCUCUCCAGGCGAUAAGUGAGAGAAAACACUUCAUCAGAGCUGGCAGGCCUGCAGUGGGCCUCAUGGAUAACAAACCUCCACCACUGGACUCCUGGGUGUAA